CAUUCCUCCCUGACCAGAAGGCAGCGGUAGUCACUGGCUUUAUAAACACACCGUCUGCUGCGCUGCUUUGUUUCAGAACCACCACUAUUAUUGCGGGUCUCCUUGUAGCCAUGCAAUGGAUAUUUUGUGGCAAUAUCAGUUUAGGAUUAUUUUGCUAGGAGACUCCACGGUAGGUAAAUCAUCUUUGCUGAAGCGAUUUACAGAUGGUAUAUACAGCGACGUAGCGGAUCCAACCGUCGGUGUGGAUUUCUAUGCCCGUUCGCUAGACAUCGAGCCAGGGAUUAAAAUCAAGCUUCAACUCUGGGACACGGCUGGACAGGAACGGUUCAGGUCUAUCACCACAUCCUAUUACCGUAACUCUGUGGGCGGGCUCCUCGUCUUUGACCUGACCAAUCGCAAGACCUUUGACCACGUAAGGGAGUGGCACAAGGAAGUGAGCGAGCACAUCCUGCCGCACCACAUGGUCUUCAUCCUGAUUGGCCACAAGAGCGACCUGAACAAGGACCGGAAGGUGGCGCGGGAUGAGGCUGAGCAGCUGGCUGCGGAGAUGGGAAUCCGUUAUGUGGAGACGUCGGCCAAGUGCAACAGCAACGUGGACCGAGCCUUCGAGCUGCUCAGCAGAGACAUCUAUGAGCUGAUGAAGAUGGGGGAGAUCACCACGAGGGAUGGAUGGGACGGGGUGAAGAGCGGCUUCACCACCAGGGUCCUGUACCCAGGUGAAGAGGACAUUGACGUAGAGCCGAGGGAGAAGAGCUGCAACUGCUAAGACUGACCCUGGAUCCCUGACCUCAUUCAUGUGUUCAUUAACGCCACAAAGAGAAAGAAAAUGAACUGAAACAGAGGGAGACUACCUGGAAUUGUCCAAUAGGAAACACUCCUUUUUUUUUUCUCUCCUCUUUGCAAAACCUUUUAAAAUGUUUUUCCGUUGCAUGCCCAGAUGAACGCGAGUCAUGUCGCCACUCUUCGCCCCCAGCAUCCUGCAGUUGUCUCACAGUGUAGUCAGUCCACCAUUGAAACUAAGUCACUGGCCCUCGUCUUGGACAUCCUUAUCACGUGUCUUGCCCUAUGCUUACUGUACGGACCAAUCAUAAAUAAAAGCCUAAACCCUAUGGACUUGGGGAGAUCUCAGAGGAUUUGACAGGUGUAAGAAAUCUCAUAACAACACCUCUGAAAGGCCAGAUGUAAAACUCACCAUAUUAUGUUUACCAAUCAAAUAACCUCAGACUAAUGUCCACUCUCCAAAAGUGCAUUGGGUGUAAGGCUCAGGGCUCCAUAUAGGAAAGGGUCUAACCAAACUGCUUGUUCCCUCUGCUUGUUUGUACAGAGGGUAUGUCUGUUUUCUGAUGGGAAUACACCGGUCACAUCCUGAUGUGACUGAAGCUUCUUUACAAACACAAACGUCUGUUUGUCUUCAUCUGCGUUGCUUUUGGUCCAUUUAGGCAAGGUUGUUACUGAGAUACCUGGAGAAGAGUGAUCCGGCAUUGGGGUUCCGGUCUGUAUCCUAUUUCUUCCUAGUGCCCUUUGCUGCCUCAUGAGUUAUUGGACUCUUAAGGAGGCAAGGUCUGGACUUGCAUACAAUGCAUUAUUGCGGUCUGGCAUUUCUCCCAUUACACUUAUGGGUUGGCUCCUGUCUGGCUAAGUGUGUAUACAUAUAUACAGUGGAUAUAAAAUUUCUACACACCCCUGUUAAAAUGCCAGGUUCUUGUGAUUUAAAAGAAUGAGACAAAGAUAAACCAUGUCAGAACUUUUUCCACCUUUAAUGUGACCUAUCAGGUGAACAAUUGAAUUGAAAAACAAACAGAAAGCUUUGACGGGGAAACAUUCAAUACUCACAAAAACCUGGUUGCCUAAGUGUGCACACCCUUAAACCUAUACUUUGUGGAAGCACCUUUUGAUUUGAUUACAGCACUGUCUUUUUGGGUAGGAGUCUAUUAUGCAUGGCACAUCAUGAAGUGGCAAUAUUUGCCAACUCUUCUUGCAACUCGCAAAAGUGCUCAAAAUCUGUCAGAUUGCGAGGACAUCUCCUGUGCACAGCCCUCUUCAGAUCACCCCACAGAUGUUCAAUUGGA